AUGCUCGACGCUGAUAGGGAAAAGGGCCUCACGUUUGUCUGCGCCGCCACUAAUGGAACCUACACUCCUUAUCUCUUCCGGACGUAUCGGGGAAGCAACAGUCCAUCAGAUCCAGUUGCUGAUACGGCCAGGGCCAAGUUUCCAACCCGUAAUCAGGCCCAUAAUGUUGAGAUCUGGGAAGCUGCUCGAGCAACGACUGCAGCACCGACCUUCUUCCCUCCUAUCUCCAUCAAGAUCGAAGCGGACAGGAACGAGUACGUGGACGGGGCCGUGGUAUUCAAUAAUCCUGCCCACCUUGUGCUCAAUGAAGCCGAAUCCCAUUUUGGCUCCGGACGAAAGUUGGGAUUUCUCUUGAGUUUGGGGACCGGACUGAAAAUCACGGACAACGGGGCCAACGUCGUUCCCAACGCGGAAGCAGCGGCGAGGAACACUGAGCCUGCCAGGAAAAACAGCGGCGCCCUGAUAUCAAGGGGCACCAUUAAUGUGCUAAAACACGCAAAGCAAUCCAUGACCGACCCGGAGCCGACGCAUCACGCACUAGAAGAGCGGUUUCGGGGCACGCCUUACGCCUAUUUCCGUCUGAACUUAGACCGUGGCGCCGCAAAUAUCAAGCUUCACGAGUAUAAGCAGAUGAAAGUGCUGCGAGCGGCCACCGAGGAGUAUCUACGGAACGUCCAGGUUUCCGCGGAUAUCGAUAAAGUGGUCAGUAUGUUGCAUAAGAACGAAGGUGUGAAUAUGCCUUUGGACGCCGCAUGCCGCGCGGUAUCCGAUGAGGCAUCAAAGCAGGCCAUUGCCCAGGAAAUUCAAAUCAAAAGCAUCGCCAGCCCCCAAUUCACCGGUAGAAAAGAGAUUCUUGGGAAGAUGGAGCGUCACUUCUGCGAACGUACACAGUCAUCGCCUCGGAGGCAUCUUAGGAUCCAUGGUAUGGGCGGCGUCGGUAAGACGCAAAUUGCACUUAAGUUUAGGGACUUGUACGGGUCACGGUUUGCCCGGGUCUUUUGGAUCAACGCCGCCAGCGAGGGCUCUAUUUACGAGAGCCUUAGAGUAAUUACAGCUGAACUAUUUGGAGGACAGCCAACCAAGCCUGACAUUGGGCGAGUACACCAGUGGCUGGAGCGGAAUACGGAGGAAGAGUGGUUCCUAAUUUUCGACAAUAACGACUCAAUCGACAUAAGCAAGUAUAUUCCUCCAGGAAACACCGGAAACAUUCUCUUCACCAGCAGAAGCGACGACGUGUCGCCCAGCCUCGAUGGGGAUCAAAAUUUACUUAUAGAGACCAUGAAAGAGGACGACGCUUUAGCUCUUCUUUUACGAGCAUCAAAGAGGCACAAGAAGGCGUUCGACGCGAGGGAGGAAAAGCACGGAAAAGACAUCAUCCAAGAGUUGGGAUACCUCCCACUGGCUAUCGAUCAGGCUGGCUCGUACGUGCACAAUCAAGAUUGCUCAUUCGGAACGUAUCUACGCGACUUUAAGGAGCGACGGAAUGAAAUCCUCGGCGAUUGUCUCUACCCGGGAGUGUUCGAAGACAACCCGGCCGUCUACGGUACUUUUGAACUGUCAUACGAGGCACUGGAGAAGCGGUCGAAAGAAGAGACUUCGAGAGGACGGGCCGCAAUGAACGCCCUUCGGAUCCUGAACGUCUUUUGCUUCUACAGCAAUGAAAACAUCCCGGGAGAGAUCAUCGGUAGAGCGGCUACGAACAGCAAGACCGAUAGGGAGGCACUGGGGAAUGCGGAAAGCUUAGCCCCUUUGGCGCUCUUCGACCUCAAGAACGACAAGUCCUGGAACGACAGAAACUACCUGGAUGGAAUUUCUCUCUUGAGGAGCUACUCGCUUAUCAAAAAGUCUGUGGUUCACGAUGAUUGCCACUCGAUGCAUGUCCUGGUCCAUUCGUGGGCCCGCGACCGGAUGCAUGCAGAUGUGUUCAAAUUCCAACGCCAGGCAGCUCGCUCCAUUAUCUUCGACUGCUUUCAUCAAAACUUCAAGUUUGAAGACGAAAGGUUUCUCGUUCAGCUGCUGCCGCAUAUCAAAGCAUGCCUUGGCCACAAAGGCCUCGAGGAUGUGGACUGGUUUAAGCGAACCAGGCAGGACAGCAAGUAUGCCAGGCUUCUGAGCGCGGUGGGGAUGUGGCGAGAAGCCUUAUGGGCUCUCGAGGACAUUGUAGCAGAGAGGCGCGAGAACCUCGCGGCUGACAAUUGGCUGAUUGCAGCCGCCCUUUGGGACCUGGGCAAGAUGCACAAGUCGUGUGGAAACCUCGGCCCGGCAGAAAAGACCCUGCUAGAGAGCACAAACCUGUUGAACAGCUGCAACGAGCCGGGCUGGGCAAGCAGAGUGGUCCUGGACAUGGGCAUCGACCUCGCUGAGGUGUACAUCCAGCAGGCGCAGCUGGGGACGGCCGAGCAGAUGCUCACCUGGAUCGCGGAGUCCGAGGAGGAGAAGGGCGGCAAGAGCCCGCAGCUUCGCCGUGCGGUCGCGGCCCUGGCGACGACGAUGCAGCUAGCGGGCGAGAUUGACAAGGCCGAGAGGCUGGAAGCAAGGUCGUUGACAUGGUGUAUGGAAAACCCCAAAAUCGGGGAGGGCCAUCGGGCGACUAUGAGGGCGAUUAGCAACAUCGCAACACUGAGGUCUGCCAAGGGGCAGCACGAGUCGGCGGAUGAGAUGUGGCGGCACGUGCUCGAGGUAGACGAGCGGUUCAGGGGCAAGGAGCACCCUAUUACGCUGCAGUCGAAGCGGAACGUGGCCAUCGGUUGCGUCAAGUUGGACAAUCUUGAAGAGGCGGAGAGGUUGCUCCGGGAAGUGUUGGAUGUUGGCGAGAGGGUUCUGUGGCGGGAGCAUCUCGACAUGCUCGUGACGAUGGAGCAUCUCGCCGGUGUGCUGUACAUGAUGGGAGAACUGCACGAGGCGCUGGAGCUGCAGGAGGAAUGCUUGGAGGGUAGGGUUCACGGGCUUGGGGAUCAUCAUCCCCUGACUGUCAAGGCCAGGGAAGGACUCGAAAAGAUGAGGGUGGGAGCCGUCAUACCCGUCGCGGAACAGGUGCUUUGGCAGAGUGAAGGGGCUUUGCUACCCGGGGACAGCAAUAUGGCCUCGCAAAGCAUGAACGACAGAUACCUUUACUGA